AUGUUUCUGCCUCCUCUGCUGCCUCUUCCUCUUGAGCAUGUUUUUGCUAAAAAAUGUGCAACCUUCAAGUGCAAGGGAAAGAAGAAGGACAAGACAAGGCAAAAGGACCAGAAAAAGCUUUACUUGAAGAUCCUCAAACAGGUUCUUGACCUUGUUCCUGGUUUCUCUGUCAAGGUUGAGUCUGAAGACAUGACACACAUAAAGGAGUUUGUCACUGACACCUGGAACAAGCUCAAGAACAAUGAGAUUAAGGUUUUGGCCAAGCAUUGGCCUGCCUUCAUAUACGAGGACUACCAGUAUGACCCAAGCAACUGUGAGAAGGGAUUAUUCCAUGGUCACCUCCUUAUCUAUGCAUGGCAUGCUAUAUACAUAGGCCUGUUAGCAGCAAGGCUAGGCCCUAGCAGCAAGAUAGCUCGCAAUGUGCCACAAUCACACAAGCACACAGCUACGUGUGCUCAGUACAAUGACAAUAGUAGCCACACCUUGAAAGCAUGCAAGGCCAAGAUGAACACUAGCACUAUAUUGACUUCCAAGAUUUAUCUUCCACAUUACUGA